CCCAACACCAGUAAUUUUUUUUGGAGCUCGCUCGCUCGCUCCCCUUUCGCACCAGCAUUCCGUCGCCAUACCGCGUAUCCGAUCCCACCAUCACAACGCGAACAAACGACGGUGUGCACAUGCCCAGCGCCCCAAAAGAGAAUCAUUAUACUGAAGGGAGCUCUUAUUGCGAGGUUGUGACGCGCACGCGCAGCGGCAAAUAGGGGGCUCGCUCCCCAUCAAUCCUCCUCCUCGCCAGAGCCAGACCAAGACAACACCAUGUCUUCUUCACACCCCAAGCCUACGCGAUCGCGUCUACCGAGCCCUCACCGCCUGUCGAGCUCAUCCGUUGGUCAUAGCCGAGGCGGGAAUAUCGACGGCUCUCGCACAUUCAUGCAGCGCUGGUUGGAACCACCCGUGCAGAAUAAGGCCAGCUUCCAGGAGGCUGGGUUGAUGCGCGGCGGUGUCGUGGAGAACAUGGCUCCCUUAGGCACAUUGCCCAAGGCAGCCAUGCUGAAGAAGGCUCCCCUCUGUGCUGAGAGCCCUCCACCCAGCUCUGGAUCGACUGUGAAGAGGAUAGUGCUCAAGAAACCUUUUUCACCUGCCUCUGUGGGUACCGCAGUUCCGCUCAUCACAACACCAAGCGCAACGGCAACACCAUCUGAUAUCACACGCAUGUCAAGCAGUGAGGCCGCCGGCGCAAUGGAGGAUGCUACUUUGGACCCGAUGCUGUCGCCGACGUCGCAUCUUGCGCUGCCGCUUCCGGUGAUAGAUGACAUGAACGACGAUGAUUAUGUGCCUAAGAAGUCCAAAUCCCGCCGCGUCUCGCACCGUCCCAGCCACGCCAGUGUCUCUUCCUCCUCUGCCACUCCCACGCAUCCACGCAGACAGUCACACAGGCACAGAAGUGCGCGAUCUAGUCCUGUACCCCCCCAUGUUGAUCCCACACCUGAUCCCACACCUGCUCCUACAUCACCUACACGCUCUGAAACUCCCUCCAUUCAGCAACUAGCACGCGAACCAGAUGAUAAAGAGCAAGCCAGCAAAAUCGUCGAGAUCGCGGUUGACGAGGCCCUUCGUCACUUUCGCUACCCUACUGCCUGGGCACUCCGUCUUCUCUACGAUGAGAAUUCAAGAGACCCUCAUUUUGUUUCGAUGAUUGAGGAUAUAUAUUACCAGCGUGCUACGCCAAAAAUCAUUCGCAAAUUCCGUCGUUUAGUCAGUGAGAAGAAGAAAGAGGGUAAGAAAGAGAACAAAGGGUGCUACUACUUUGUGCCGCCGCCGACGGGUGGUCGCUUUGCACCACAUAAGCCGGCCCCUGCACCUUACGAAAACCUAAUCAAGAUGGAAUUUGCUACGCUUCUCCGGACGUCUGCAAGUGAUGUCGAGGUCGACGCCGACGGCCAUGUCAGCAAAAGACGCAAAACAGAAGCGGGAGAGGGGCGAAAGACGCCCGUUGACCAGGCUGAUACGCAACCUCAUGUCGCAGUUACGGCCACUACAAAUGGCGCAGGCUUGCACCCACACGGUCACAAAAACGGGAACCAUGCCCAUAGCCACCAUGCCCGUGGCGGCGUUGCCAAGGAAAAGUCGCCGAGGGGCAAGAAAACGCGCUCCGGCUCAGUCAGCAGCACGUCGUCUCUCUCAUCCGUCCCCGAUGACGCGAUAGAGGAUUAUGACGACUUCAUGGGCAGUGUGGAUGGCGAUCUAGAGACCUCGCGGAUGGAGGGCCAGUUGGCCGAGGGAAAUAAUGCACAAAUCCCGGCAGGAUCAAUGCAGCCAAUCAGCGUGGGGCAGGCGAAACCCGCCGUCAAAAAGCAGAUUGUUUCGCCCAACCCUGCUCCUGAGCACAACACUCCUACUACUCACCACCCUCGCUCACGGGACUCGAGCAUGCCCGCCGCGGCUAUCACAACCACCAACGGCAACCCUCACCAGCAUCACACAAGCCAGGCCAUCCCCACCCUUAAAUUCCAAAGCCGCUUUGGCGAUGCCAGUGAGUCUCCUGACUCGAUCAUCCGCAAGAAGCUCUCACGGAAAUCUGAGACGGCAGUGAACACCAAGAGUGUCUCUGCCGACAGCUUCGUCCGGGAGCCUCUGGGGCUGGAUGAGCUGCUUCAUGAGCCAGCCCUUCCCCCGCAGCCUCCAGCUCCUCCUCCCGAGCAUGCUCGGUUGUCCCGGACACCAGCACCUGCACUGAGCUCACGGGCUGCCAGGGCAGCCAAGAGGAAUCAUGACGAUUUUGACGACGCGAGCUCACCUACUGCAUCGUCCUUCCGGGCUGAUUUCGAGCCCUUGUCGUCGGCACGCAAUUCACGUGCUGCCACCCCAACGAACCCUAGAUCUUCCAAGAAACCUCGAGGGGGACUACGCGUCAAAACAUCGCCGAUGAAGAAGAAGGGGACAUCUGCGGGAAUUCCUCGUGGCAACGGUGAGCGACCGAGCCCGGUGAGCAAUGGCGUACCAUAUAACCAGGACGAUAAUGACGAUUCCUGUUAUACUUGUGGCGGCAAUGGAGAACUGGUUUGUUGCGAUGGGUGCACGUUUUCAUUUCAUUUCAUGUGCAUUGACCCUCCCAUGGACGAGGGUCGCGUUCCCGACGAAUGGUUUUGCAAUGAAUGUCAGAUGCGGUACAAUCCACCACCUGAGAUCGAGCGUAAAGGCAUUUUUGGCCCACUUGUAACAAAUCUGCAACGCAAGAAUCCGCGUGCCUUUCGGCUACCUGAGCCCAUCAGGGAGUAUUUUGAAGGCGUCAAAACCGGCACAGAGGGCGAGUACGAGGAGGCUGUACUCCCUAAGCCCAAGGCAAGCAAGAAGAACACUGAAGAAGCUUUUGAUUUUUUCAAGCUCAGAAAUGGUGACAAGGCAGUGUUGUGCCACAACUGCCACAAAGGAGCUACGGACAAUCGGCCGAUUAUUCCCUGCUCAGUGUGUGGUCUCAACUGGCACCUCGAAUGCCUCAGCCCCCCUCUAGCCCUACCCCCAAUCUUACGGACGUGGCGUUGCCCUUGCCAUGUCGACGAUCUGCUCAGUGAUCUUCCAGUCAGACUGGCUCCAGCGCAUAAGUAUCGAAAGAUCAAAAAUAUGCCAGUGAUUGAGCAGUGCUAUAGUCGCGGUCUGGCCAAUAAUGGAUGGAUAGAGAUCGAGGAAGAUGACAGUGACGACGACGACGAUGAAACUGCUUGGAGGGAAAACAAGGCGUUUGGCCGUGUGUUCCGGGUGUCUGCGAAGGGUAUCAAGCGAGAGUUCAUUUCUCGAGUUCACCAGAACCGCGGGGGAUCCAGCUUUCAGCCUGGAAUAGUCAACAACCCCGCCUCAACUGUUCCACUCAAAAUGCCAAGCCUGGAAGAACAGCAAGCCGCGCUGACUCUGGUGCAGCUCGCCGAUGGCCAAGGUGAUGGAGCCCAUCAGCUGGUUCAUGCUAUGAUGUCCCAUGCAAGCCCAGCUGCCGUCUCCAUGCUAGCAAAAGAUGGUGCCCAGCGCGUUACUAUCGAUAGCCUAGCUGAUGCUGACAUCGCUACGCUUGAGACUGUGCUCGCACAAGCAAAUGCUUUAAAACAGAGAGUCUCCAAAAUUCUCGAAAGCCGCACAAAUCAUGCCUGCCAUGAAUCAUCAGACAUCGAACUAAAGGCACUCACACCUAAUAGCAUCUCCCACGAUGAUUCAACAAUUGUUGAUGAGUUGAAGCUUGAAUUUGACAGCUCGCAGGACGCGGGAAAAGCUCAGCACGCCGAUGACGCCAAGCCGGUACUUGACUCUGCCAUGCAAACCGACUGAAAAUGGCUCAUUAAGAUUCUCAUCACACACGCAUACAUCAGUAUAGGCACAUAGGGAUCAGGAGUCCCUAUUACUGACCAAGAGUCCGUCGCCCAGUGGAGAACUUACCCUAGUAUUAAUUUUGUCGGGUUGGUUUCCAUGUUCAUCGUAUCUAUAGCAGUGGUGUCACAUUGCAGAUUUGUGAUCGAACCUACCUCCUCGGUGGCUAUAUACUUAGCUUUACACCCUCUUGAGUC